AUGGCUUGGGUCAUGACGACGACGACGGCGACGACGACGACGGGUCUGGCCGCCGUUGGGCCGGCCUGGAGAGACUGCUACAAGCACUACAUUGCUGGAGUCUGGUGGGUGAUUGGUCAUACAGGAAGCAGCACUACCUUUGCCUACUACUCAUGGGUCCAGCGACUCGUCAGCGUUGGGUUUGAAGAGCGAGGCAUCCGAGACUAA